CUAAAAGCAGGGAAUCCAAGACGAGAAGCGAGGCGAACUCUGCGUAUAGGAAGCAUCGAACUAAAACUGAAGUAUGCACGGUUACCUUCGGAUUCAAAAACCCAAUUGUAGACGAUCAAACUAGUUAACGAGGUACCAAUAAAUAUUGUAUGAACCUAAAUUGCAAUACAUCAUCAUGGCGGGAUUAGAAGAGUUAAGAAAAAAAAUUUCGCCUUUGUUUGAUGCCGAGAAGGGCUUCUCAGCCGGGUCAACCUUUGACCCCAGUGCUUCUUAUAUGCUGUCAGAUGGUGGAACUGUUAACUUACUUAGCAGAUCAUAUGGAGUGUACAAUAUUAAUGAGCUUGGAUUGCAAAAAUGCACAUCUUCUCUGGUGGAAGAAACAGACCAGAACGAGAAGACAUAUCGGUGUGCCUCCCAUGAGAUGAGGAUAUUCGGAGCCAUAGGUAGUGGUGCAAGCAGCGUUGUUCAAAGAGCUAUGCAUAUUCCCACUCAUAGAAUUCUCGCCUUGAAGAAAAUUAAUAUAUUUGAAAGAGAAAAAAGGCAACAGCUUCUCACUGAGAUACGGAUGCUUUGUGAGGCACCUUGUUAUGAAGGUCUUGUGGAAUUUCAUGGUGCCUUUUAUACUCCAGAUUCCGGGCAAAUAAGUAUAGCUUUAGAAUACAUGGAUGGAGGAUCACUGGCAGAUAUUUUACGAUUGAGGAAAAGGAUACCCGAGCCAGUCCUUUCGUCCAUGUUCCAAAGCCUUCUGCAAGGACUGAGCUACCUGCAUGGAGUUAGACAUUUAGUUCACAGAGAUAUCAAGCCAGCGAAUUUACUCAUAAACUUGAAGGGUGAGCCCAAGAUCACGGAUUUUGGCAUCAGUGCCGGCCUAGAGAAUUCCAUGGCGAUGUGUGCUACUUUUGUUGGAACUGUAACAUAUAUGUCACCAGAACGAAUUCGAAGCGAGAGUUAUUCCUAUCCUGCUGAUAUCUGGAGCCUAGGCCUUGCUCUCUUUGAGUGUGGCACCGGAGAGUUUCCAUAUACAGCUAAUGAAGGACCAGUUAAUCUUAUGUUGCAGAUCUUGGAGGAUCCAUCACCAUCUCCAUCAAAAAACAGGUUUUCGCCAGAGUUCUGCUCCUUUAUUGAUGCUUGUCUGCAGAAGGAUGCCGAGGCCAGACCAACAGCAGAUCAGCUUCUUUCCCACCCAUUUAUUAUGAAGUAUGAUCAUGAUGAAGUGGACUUAGCGGCAUUUGUUCGAAGCGUUUUUGAUCCAACACAAAGGAUGAAAGAUUUGGCAGAUAUGCUAACGAUACACUAUUACUUGCUUUUUGAUGGAUCCGAUGAACUUUGGCAGCAUACAAAGACUUUAUACAACGAAGGUUCUACCUUUAGUUUUUCGGGGAAACAGUAUGAUGGUUCGAAUGAUAUCUUUGCGACCUUAUCAGAUAUUCGUAGUACAUUAGCCGGUGACUGGCCUGCUGAGAGACUAGUCCAUGUCGUAGAAAAACUCCAGUGCCGGGCUCAUGGUGAAGGUGGUGUUGCUGUACGUGUUUCGGGAUCCUUUAUUGUUGGGCAUCAGUUUCUGAUAUGUGGAGACGGUAUUCAAGUGGAGGGCUUGCCCAGUUUUAAGCAUCUUUCAAUUGAUAUUCCCAGUAAACGAAUGGGAACCUUUAAGGAACAGUUCAUCAUGGAGCCAGGCAACCUCAUCGGGUGUUACGUUAUCGCUAAGCAAGAGCUUUACAUCAUCCAGUAGCGAGAGCUCCCUUUCGGGUUUUGGCAAACUGACUAUUUCUUGCAACGAUUCGAACGAUUAAGCAGAGUUCUUCGAUCCUUGAAUCCGAUACAACCCUCUUCACCUUGAAGAAUGUUAGUCAUGUAUAGUACGUGGAUUUUUUUAUAUUUUCACAUCAUAAUAUAUUCUUAAUUUGUAGCCAAUACAGAGAAUGUAUUGUGAUCUAAAUACAUUGCUUUUGCUAAAUGUAUAGGUGUAUGUAUUGAUUUUUGAGUUAUA